AUGAGUGGAUUGACAUCUCUGCCAAGAGGAAAAUCAUCACGUUCAUCCAUUAGUUCCUCUGGGUCUAACGAUAGCAAUGACUUUAAUUUUGGUUUUAAUCUUGGAUCAAAAUUCAAGAAAAAUACAACCAACACAAGAAAAUCUAACAUGAUACUUGGAAGUAAUGAUUUUGGAGAAGUCUUUUCAGCAACAAGGGACUCAGCCAGUGAAGAUGAAUCGGAAAGUACAAAUGAUCUAACAUCUGUUGGAGGUUUAUUAGGAAAGAAAAAUAGUUCAGAUCAAGUUUCUAGGAAAAAUUCAAACAAAUCUUCCAAAAGUAAUGCAUCAUCCAGCUCAUCUGGAUCAUUAACAAAGAUUAAUGUGGAUCUAUUUGGAAAGAAAAAUUCCAAUACCAAUACAGAAAAUACUGAUGAGAAUGUUUCUACAUCUGGUUUUUCAGAUAUUGAUGAUGACGAAGUUGGAGAAAUGCUUGGCCUGGAUGAUUUCAACCCGGUAACCAAAAAAGAAACAAAAAAGAAGGACAAGAAGAAAGCCCCUUCACCAAAAAAUGAUAAACAAGAUGCUUACUCAUUUGAUUUUGCAAGAUCAAAACGACCCAACUCAAGCAAAAGGCCCUCUGGAUUUACUGUUCCUGAUUUUAAGAAUGAGAAAAAAACUAAAAAGAAAUCAAAAUCUCCAUCUUCUAUUGAGGACGAUUUCGACUUUGAUGAUGAUCAGUUAAUGGAAGAACAAGAAAAAGAGAUUUUGAAAAUCAAAGAAAAAGAGGAAAAGGAAAGAAAAGAAAGGGAGCAAGAAAAGAUUGAAAGAGAAGAAAGAGAGAGAAAACAGAGGGAAGAUCAGGAGAGGAGAGAUAGAGAAGAUAGGGAACGUCAAGAAAGAGAAAGAUUAGAACAAGAUAGAAAAGAAAAAAUGGAAAGAGAAGAAAGAGAAAGGAAACAAAGGGAACAGGAGAGACGAGAAAGGGAAGAAUUUGAGCAAAAGGAAAGAGAGAGGAAGGAAAAAGAAAAAAUUGAAAGAGAUAGAAAAGAAAAAAUUGAAAGGGAAGAGAGGGAGAGAAAGCAACGAGAAGAAAAUGAAGUUAAAGAAAAAAAGCAACGAGAAGAAAAGGAAAGACUCGAAAAAGAGAGACGAGAACGUGAAGAAAAAGAGAGAAAAGAAAGAGAAAUAAGGGAAAGGAGAGAAAGAGAAGAAAAAGAAAAAAGAGAACGUGACAACAGACAAAAGAAACAAAAUAAUGAUUUUGAAGAGGAAAUAAUAGAAGAUGAGGACUUUAUUGAAAGUGAUUUUGAUGAUUCGUUUAGAGGAUCUAUUGAGCAACCUAGGGCUGAAGAUACAGACCUAGAGAACUUUACUGACUUUGAGGAUGGUCAUAUGGAAGAAACUGUUGAGGAGGAAGAAGUUUUUGAUGAUGAUUUUGACUUUGCAGAUCCAAUGGAGGAACAUGGGAGAAAAUCGCUGAGUUAUCUUGAUCCUGAGGAAGUGCCUAAAAUUAAAAGAAGAAGUAAGACAAAAAGAACUGAAAAUCCAAGAGGAUUCAGAGGGAUUUACAUCCAGAUUACUCAGAGAAAAAGAGAGAGCUGA